AUGGCACUCGCCUCUUCUACUAUGCCCCUCAAGGCACAGGUUCUCGUCAUUGGAGGUGGUCCCUCCGGUUCCUAUUCUGCGACGCUGCUUGCUAGAGAGGGCUUCGACGUCGCGUUGCUCGAAAGCGACAUAUUUCCGCGAUAUCACAUCGGGGAAAGCCUCUUGCCUUCCAUUCAUCAAUUUCUGGCUCUCAUAGAUGCCAAUGACCUUCUCUCAUCUCACGGCUUUACGCCAAAGCCUGGCGCCGCUGUCAAGCUCAAUCAGUUCAGUCGUGAAGGAUAUACCGACUUUACAUCUCUGGACUCUAACAAUAAGGCAUGGAAUGUGAUCCGUGCCGAGUUUGACGACAUUCUGUUGAAGAAUGCGGCCAACAACGGCGUCAAGGUGUUCCAAGGCGUCAAGGUCGUCAACAUCGUAUUCAGCGACCAGAACCCCGAGAGGCCCGUCGCUGCCGAAUGGGUUUCCAAGGCCGGCGCAAAGGGAUCCGUUAGUUUCGAGUGGCUCGUGGAUGCCUCCGGGCGUGCCGGAAUCAUGUCGACUAAGCAUCUGAAGAACCGGACGUUCAAUCAGAGCCUGAGGAACGUUGCCUGCUGGGGCUACUGGAGAGGAGGGAAAGUAUACUCUCCUGGGACGACGAGGGAGAACGCACCGUGGUUCGAGGCAUUGACGGACGAAACGGGUUGGAGUUGGUAUAUCCCGCUUCACGACGGGACGGUUUCUGUGGGGUUUGUCACCACGGAAGAAUCGAGCGUCGCGAAGAAAGCUGCGACGCGGCGUGGCUCCGAUGGUCAGCCCGUCGUCGACGCGGUUCUGAAGAUUCACUACUUGGACCAGCUUCAGUUCACUCCGGGGCUGGCGAGCUUGUUGGAAACUGCGCAGCUGAGCAGCGAUGUCAAGUCCGCCAGAGACUACAGCUACAAGGCGACCGCGGUGGCGGGAGAUCACUUCCGGAUAGUAGGAGAUGCGGGCGCUUUCAUCGACCCGUUCUUCUCAUCCGGGGUGCAUCUCGCGUUCACGAGCGCGCUAUCCUCGGCAUGCACAAUCGCAGCCUCCAUAAGAGGCCACUGUAGUGAACGCGAGGCUCAGACAUAUCACGAACUCAAAGUGGGAACCUCGUACACCCGGUUCUUGAUAGUCGUCCUCGGCGCGUACAAGCAGAUCAAGGCACAGCACGCGCCUGUGCUACAGGACUUGAACGAGGGCAACUUUGACCGGGCGUUUGCGCUUCUCAGACCAGUGCUACAAGGGGCAGGGGACGUGGGAAAAGAACUGACGGAAGACGAGGUUCAAAGGGCGAUGGAGUUCUGCUCGAACCUUUUCGCUCCGACGGACCCCAAGAUGCACUCGGCGGUCGCAGCCAGGGUGGAUCGAAGGCUGAUGGACAAGGAAGGUCCGAUACUGCUGUCAGAGGAAGUCAAGAAGAUCGUGGGGGAAGAGGACGAGGAAGCGAUACACGUGUUGAACGAAAUCAACGCGCGGAAGCCGAUCCAUACGAUGUACGAUGUAGCGCAGCAGUUCGGGCACGAGGCGUGGGGCGGGUUUGUGCCUGUGUGCGUUAGAGGGAAGCUGGGGCUGGACGGCGUAGUAGUAGACGAUAGCGAGAAAUAG